CAUUUAUGUAAUUGAUUUAGAAUUUCUAUUGGUCGGGUUAUUCAUUGUGUACAUUGGUCCUACGCUUAAAUUACACAAUUGCGAAGUUAAUUCGAACAAUAGUCUAUAAUAUUCUAAGGUCUCAUCGUUAAUAUCUGAACGUACUGUUGUUGAUUAUUUUAGUAGUCUUAUAUACAAUCGACGUUAAUUAUAGUUUUUGUACUCGCUUGCGAGUAUGUUAAAAUACAUGUCCUACCGACCUACACACUACACAGUUUUAUUUUAAACAUUUUUAGACAAGUAAAAAACAGUAAACAGUUGUUGAAUUUGAUAGUCUGCUUUUUAGUUUGGUUGGUUAGUGUUCAGUGAUAUUUAACCAAGAAAAUAUUUACAUUUUACAAUGGACUCAACGUUUGAAAUGGAGAAAUGUCCUUGGGAUCAGAGUACUUAUGUUGGACGAUGGCAUUAUUACUUUUGGGUAACAAACCCUAUGCUAUGUCUGAAAACUGAUCAAGAGCUUGAAAAUGCCAAGUCUUUACGUUCAUCCUAUUUAAAUGGUACACUUCCACCUGGAACAACUACUGAACAAUUGUUAGCUGCCAAACAGAUCUAUGAAAGUUCAUUUCAUCCAGAUACUGGACAAAAACAAAAUGUAUUUGGUCGAAUGUGCUUCCAAGUCCCUGGGGGUAUGGCUAUUACUGGAGCAAUGUUGUCUUUUUAUAAGACAGUACCAGCUGUAGUAUUUUGGCAAUGGAUUAAUCAGUCGUUCAACGCUUUGGUCAACUAUACCAAUCGAAAUGCUAACUCACCUCUGAGUCAAACUCAAAUGGCUACUGCUUACGGUUCAGCAACAAUAGCUGCUUGUGUGACAUCCAUAAAAUUCAAACAAUUCCUGACCAGCAAUGCUUCACCUUUUUUUCAAAGAUAUGUUCCAUUUGCUGCGGUUGCAGCUGCUAAUUGUGUGAACAUACCAUUGAUGCGCCAGACUGAAUUAUUGAAUGGUGUAGAUGUUUAUGAUGCUGAUAAAAAUAAAGUUGGCUGUUCAAAGCUAGCUGCUGCUAAAGGAAUAUCUCAAGUAAUAGUAUCAAGAAUUGUUAUGUGUGCACCUGGAAUGGUAUUGCUGCCUGUCAUAAUGGAAAAACUUGAAAACAAAAGUACUUGGUUCAAGCGUAAUACAUGGAUUCAUGCUCCAUUCCAAACACUUGCUGUUGGUUGUUUUUUAAUUGGUAUGGUACCAACUGCAUGUGCUCUGUUUCCUCAGUUCAGUUCUAUUAAAUUAAGUACAUUGGAGAAAUAUGAGAAUACUGCUUACUGUGACAUAGUGAGCAACUGCAAGAAUCCACCAGUUGUUGUGUACUCUAAUAAAGGACUUUAA